AUCACCACAAGCAACCGGUGUUUUUUUUUUGUUGCACUCUUGAGUUCAUCUGAUCAGUCCGCUAUUACACUUUCUCAAACUAAAUCGAAAUGAUUAAGAACGUUGUUUCUCUUGUUACUGGUGGAGCCUCUGGCCUGGGUCGUGCAACAGUUGAGCGCUUGGCUAAACAAGGAGCCAGCGUUGUCCUUGCCGAUUUGCCUUCCUCCCAGGGCAACGAAGUGGCCAAAGAGCUGGGCGACAAAGUUGUCUUUGUUCCCGUCGAUGUUAGCUCUGAGAAGGAUGUGACUGCAGCUGUUCAGACGGCCAAGGAUAAGUUUGGUCGCCUGGACUUGACUGUGAACUGUGCAGGUACUGCGACCGCUGUAAAGACCUACAAUUUCAACAAGAAUGUGGCUCACAGGCUGGAGGAUUUCCAGCGUGUCAUUAAUGUGAACACUGUGGGCACCUUCAAUGUGAUUCGCCUGUCGGCUGGCCUGAUGGGCGCCAACGAGCCCAACCAGGAUGGUCAACGUGGCGUCAUUGUGAACACCGCCUCGGUGGCUGCCUUCGAUGGCCAAAUCGGUCAGGCCGCCUACUCCGCCUCAAAGGCCGCGGUUGUGGGCAUGACUCUGCCGAUUGCCCGCGACUUGAGCACUCAGGGUAUUCGCAUUUGCACCAUUGCGCCCGGUCUCUUCAAUACCCCCAUGUUGGCUGCUUUGCCCGAAAAGGUGCGCACCUUCCUGGCCAAAUCCAUACCGUUCCCCCAGCGUCUGGGUGAGCCCAGCGAAUAUGCUCAACUGGUGCAGGCAAUUUAUGAGAACCCAUUGCUCAAUGGAGAAGUUAUUCGUCUGGAUGGUGCUCUCCGCAUGAUGCCCUAAGCAAGGAAGGGAAUCAAAUUCCACCCAAUCAGUUCAGUGCAUUUACACAAGUUGUUUCCAAUCUUCCAGGCAAAUAGUAAUUAAGUUAAAAAGUGUUGAAAUUAUGUUAUUCAAAAAAAAAAAAAAAACAAUAUU